UGAGGUUGAUUUGCAGGCGUCUGCCAGGGCCCCCUCAAGCUACGCCACACUCAAGACAGGCCCCGGGGCCCUCCGCAGCGCUGGCGUCGCGCUGAUGGCGUAAGACGGGGGCGGAGCCACUGGAGAAGACUGGAGUGGCGUUCGCGCUGCUUGUAACCUCUCCCCGGCGGAGAAAGAGGUUCGCUCUGCCAGAAACAGACUUCGCGAAGGAGCCGGGGCGGGAUGUUUCAACUCCGGAUGAAGAAGAGGAAAGGGAGGUCCUGGACGGGUCCAGCGUGAACCCCAUCUCAUCCUGAAGUAAGAAGGGGAAUGUUUCUGCCCACUGGUCUUCAAAUCCUAGGCUCCUCAUUGUGGCACACUGAUUUCAGCAUCAUGCCACUCAUUGUUUAUGAAGAUCUACGAGAAGGAAGAAAGUUCUCAGGACCGGCUCUCAACCCAACACCAACAACCAGCGAUGUGGGAGGGGAAAAAAAAACCAGAACACAUAUGAAUUAGCCUUAGAAUGAUGUGGCAGGAGAUUUAAAGCCCCAGCCCUGGAGACAACCAAGUCGGAAUGCCUUCUCUGCCAAGCAACCUUGGCCGGGGAAAUGUCUGAUGAGGAGAUCAAAAAGAAGACACUAGCUUCAGCCGUAGCCUCUUUAGAAGGGAAGUCACCAGGGGAGAAAGCAGCAAUCAUACAUCAGCAUCUUGGCCGUCGAGAAAUGACAGAUAUGAUCAUUGAGACCAUGAAGUCCAAUCCAGAUGAGCUGAACGCCACAAUGGAAGAAAGGAAGUCUUCAGAAGCAUCUCCCACUGUACAGAGAAGUAAAAAUCCAAGUGUAGAAUGCAUAAAUGCUGCUCCCGAUUCUCCAUCCAAACAGCUUCCAGACCAGAUUUCGUUCUUUAGUGGAAACCCAUCAGUUGAAAUAGUUCAUGGUAUUAUGCAUCUAUACAAGACAAAUAAGAUGACCUCCUUAAAAGAAGAUGUGAGGCGCAGUGCCAUGCUGUGUAUUCUCACAGUCCCUGCUACAAUGACCAGUCAUGACCUUAUGAAGUUUGUCGCCCCAUUUAAUGAAGUCAUUGAACAAAUGAAAAUCAUCAGAGAUUCUACUCCAAAUCAAUAUAUGGUGCUGAUAAAGUUUAGUGCACAGGCUGAUGCAGAUAGUUUUUAUAUGGCGUGCAAUGGCCGCCAGUUCAACUCGAUAGAAGAUGAUGUUUGCCAGCUGGUGUAUGUGGAAAGGGCUGAAGUACUGAAAUCUGAAGAUGGCGCCAGCCUCCCCGUGAUGGACCUGACCGAGCUCCCCAAGUGCACGGUAUGUCUGGAGCGCAUGGACGAGUCCGUGAACGGCAUCCUCACCACGUUAUGUAACCACAGCUUCCACAGCCAGUGCCUGCAGCGCUGGGACGACACCACGUGUCCCGUGUGCCGGUACUGCCAAACACCAGAGCCAGUGGAAGAGAAUAAGUGUUUCGAGUGUGGUGUGCAGGAAAACCUGUGGAUUUGUUUAAUAUGUGGCCACAUAGGAUGUGGACGGUACGUGAGUCGACAUGCUUAUAAGCACUUUGAGGAAACGCAGCACACGUAUGCCAUGCAGCUCACCAACCAUCGAGUCUGGGACUAUGCCGGAGAUAACUAUGUCCAUCGACUGGUUGCAAGUAAAACAGAUGGAAAAAUCGUACAGUAUGAAUGUGAGGGUGAUACCUGCCAGGAAGAGAAAAUAGAUGCCUUACAGUUAGAGUAUUCCUAUUUACUAACAAGCCAGCUGGAAUCUCAGCGAAUCUACUGGGAAAACAAGAUAGUUCGGAUAGAGAAGGACACAGCAGAGGAAAUUAACAACAUGAAGACCAAAUUUAAAGAAACAAUUGAGAAAUGUGAUAAUCUGGAGCAUAGACUAAAUGAUCUCCUAAAAGAAAAGCAGUCUGUGGAAAGAAAGUGCACCCAACUAAACACGAAAGUGGCCAAACUUACCACAGAGCUCAAAGAGGAGCAGGAAAUGAACAAGUGUUUGCGAGCCAACCAGGUCCUCCUGCAGAACAAACUCAAGGAGGAGGAGAGGGUGUUGAAGGAGACCUGCGACCAGAAGGAUCUGCAGAUCACGGAGAUCCAGGAGCAGCUGCGUGACGUCAUGUUCUACCUGGAGGCACAGCAGAAGAUCAACCACCUGCCUGCCGAGACCCGGCAGGAAAUCCAGGAGGGACAGAUCAACAUCGCCAUGGCCUCAGCCUCCAGCCCCCCGUCUUCGGGGGGCAGUGGGAAGCUGCCCUCCAGGAAAGGCCGCAGCAAGAGGGGCAAGUGACCUCUGGGAAACAGAAGUCCCUGAGACUGUUUUCCCUGGCGCGGCGGGGGUGCGCUGGGGCUCCAGUGUGAGGGUGGACCUUGA